AUGUUAAUGUUAAAUAAGGAAUUAGAGCCUGUUGGAUCGAACAACAUUUCAGUGCAACUCAACAUGACUCAAGUUGAAGGUUUUCCAGAGGAGUUUGAUGUUUUUCAGAGGGCUGGUGAUGGGCUGCAACAGUUAAGGAUAACACACGAAAUUUCUCACAACACUUUUGAAAGGCAGUCUAUAUCGGGCCUGGAUAUAGCUCAAACUAGAUUUAAAAGGGCUCCAAGUUGGAAAGUUGAUAUGAAUGCCCUGGUGUUAGACAAUAUGGAAUAG